GUUUCCCCAGUGUGUGCGGGUGUGCGCGCGGGAGCGUGCGCGCGUGCAUGUGUGUGUCCAGAGGAGAGAGAGAGCAGCGGCCGCCAUGUUAACCAAGAAGCCCGGAGCCUCGGUUCUCCUGACGGGCAAAGCGGGCGAGCCGGUCUUCUCUCCAGGUCACAGCGGCUCUCUGACGACGUCGCCCGUCACACUGCCACCGCUUCGCAACAAUAACCUCAACCCGGGAGGCACUAAAGCCGCCAUGUCGGAUGCUGUCCCGCAGUCGCAGGUCCACAUUACGCAGCUGUUUGACGAGAACACCAACAAGCGUCCGGUUCUGACCUCCCAACCUAACGGCCUGGCUCCCCUAAGCUCCUCGCGGCCGGGCCUGCCUGUGCCGGACCGCCAGGCGAUGGCCUCUGAGGCUUCGCACCACGGCCGACAAGGCGUGUCCUCGCACAAGUCUACUGACAGUAAGCCAAAGCCCACCCCACUAACGCCAGAGCAGGCCAUGAAGCAGUUUAUGCCCAAGAUGUCAACAUUUGAACACCAUGAGGUUUUCAACUAUCCUGAGGUGUAUUUUAUUGGUCCCAACGCCAAGAAGAGGUCCGGCGUGAUGGGAGGUGCCAACAACGCGGGCUACGAUGAUGAGCAGGGCUCCUAUAUCCACGUGCCACAUGACCACAUCGCUUACCGCUAUGAAGUCCUCAAAGUGAUUGGAAAGGGCAGCUUUGGGCAGGUGGUGAAAGCGUUUGACCACAAGUCGCAGACACACGUGGCUCUGAAGAUGGUCCGCAACGAGAAACGUUUCCAUCGGCAGGCGGCGGAGGAGAUCCGCAUCCUGGAGCACCUGAGGAAGCAGGACAAAGACUCCACCAUGAACGUCAUCCACAUGCUGGAGAACUUCACCUUCCGCAACCACAUCUGCAUGACGUUUGAGUUGCUAAGCAUGAACCUGUACGAGUUGAUCAAGAAGAACAAGUUCCAGGGCUUCAGUCUUCCUCUGGUCAGGAGGUUUGCGCACUCCAUCCUGCAGUGUCUGGACUCACUGCACAAAAACCGUAUAAUCCAUUGCGACCUCAAGCCGGAGAACAUCUUACUCAAGCAGCAGGGUCGCAGCGGCAUCAAGGUCAUAGAUUUUGGUUCCAGUUGUUAUGAGCAUCAGAGAGUUUACACCUACAUCCAAUCUAGGUUCUACCGGGCACCAGAGGUCAUUCUAGGGUCAAGGUACGGGAUGCCCAUCGACAUGUGGUCUCUGGGCUGCAUCCUGGCUGAGCUGCUGACCGGAUGUCCGCUGUUGCCGGGCGAAGAUGAAGGAGAUCAGCUGGCCUGCAUCAUGGAGCUCCUAGGAAUGCCCAGCCAGAAGAUCCUUGAUGGCUCCAAACGUGCCAAGAACUUUGUGUCGUCCAAAGGUUACCCACGCUACUGCACCGUGACCACGCUGCCCGACGGAACGGCCGCGCUCAACGGCGGGCGCUCACGUCGCGGGAAGUUACGAGGCCCGCCGUGCAGCAAAGGUUGGAGCGCGGCCCUGAAGGGCUGCGACGACACGCUUUUUCUGGACUUCCUCAAACAAUGUCUGGAGUGGGACCCCGCACUUAGGAUGACCCCGAGCCAGGCAUUGCGCCACCCCUGGCUGAGGAGGCGCCUCCCCAAACCACCCACAGGGACCACAGGGGAAAAGACCUCUUCGUCCAAACGGCCCACCGCUGACUCUGCCAUCUCCUCUAUGUCCAAAUUCACUGCCAGCUCAUCCUCCACCACCACGUCGUCGUCCGCCAAAGCCAGGACUAACCUGGCGCCUAUCACGGACGCCAACGGGAACAUCCAAGCUCGGACGGUUUUGCCCAAACUGGUCAGCUGAAAGUGACCGCGCCCCUCUGGCUGGCGGCUGGAACUUGCAGGUUUGUUGACGUCGAGCUGGUUGGGGUGCGUUAUGCAAGUGGUGCGUUCAGGCUCCUCCAGUUAGCAGUGCGGGAAAAAGUCUUUUUUGACAAUCAAACCCAAUUUGAUGGUGCUGACUGAGGGAACAUGUUCUUUGAGCACAUUAUUUAUACCUGGAAUCUACAAUUAGACACCAAAAAUCUUUUUUCUACAUCUUUAGAAAGUGCUCAUAGAAUGGCUUGACGUUGCUAUGUAGCCACUAGCAUACAAAACAUGUCAAGCGGGCCAUCAAGCUAUUAGCAGUGUGUAGCUGGCGAGCCAAGUGCUUGACGAGCAAGCAGUCGUUUGACGGGAGAAUCCGGCAGACUUGACAGACAAGUCUCACUAAAUAUGAAGAACUUUUUAUCUGGGGAUUGUUUUCCGUUUGCACGAUCAAGAAGCUGAGUCAUGUUGGCUCCCAGCAGCAGUCCUGCUCGUUAAUCCAUGUGAUUAGCGUUACGGUGAUGCUAACACUUCAUUCUGGACUCAUUUUCACUCACACCCAAGUACGUUUAUGCUAGCAACGUAACAUUUCAUUCAUCCUUGCUAAUUGUGCUUUUAGCAAAAAGAAGGCUUUUUUUUUUUUUAAAUAUCUUUAAAGACGAGUCUCACUCUGAGGACCUCAUACCUAGCUAAACAAGCCCUUCGAUCUUUAAAUGUGAUGUUUAUUUAUGAAUAUUUAUUAUGAAGAUAUGUGCAGAAAAAUACUUGAAUGUGUGUGUGUGUGCGCGUUCCCUCACAGAAUGGAACGUACACUGCAAUUUGGCUGCGCCCACUAGCUAAUGGCAAUGAUAUGAGGAUGGUGAGGAUAAAGAGAAAUGUAGCACAGAGGGAAGUGAUCCUGUCAAACACGCCUUAGGACAACCCCCAUCCCCUCCUGAGCCAAGACAGUGAUGACGGGCGUGUGAGGGUGUUUUACUAAAAAGAUGAUUUUAUAGGUUUUUUUUUUCUAGUGAGAUGGAUGGAUGCUGACAGUUGCAACUUUUGUGCCUUUAGGAUCUCCUUGCCAUGCCAUGUACACACACGUGUACACACACACAUUCAUAGUGUCUCUUGUCACCAAGGCUCUUGCUUCGUGCCAAGCCUAACCUCUGACGACAAUAUUUCCAGAGCAUGAAAGACAAAGCCACUUUGGCGAUUUGUUGUACUUUUCAAAAAGGACUUUGGUGAAUGAAUGAUUAGCAUCCCAGUGUUGUGUGUGCGUGUGUGUGUGCACGUUCUCGUGAAAGGCGGGGUUGUCCAGCCCAGUUUGCAGAGACAUAUCAGCCACCUGAUGUCACUCGUCGCCAACAGAAAAAGAUGGCUGACGCCUGCUGAUGACAGGGCUAUGCUAACACUAGCCAAUUGAUGGCUAGCAUCCAAAUGCUAGCUCGUUUUUUUAUUCGUGAGGCUAACUCAAGCCUACUGCUAACAGACUGCUAGUAGCACGUAGCAAGUUUUAAAUCGCUAAUUGUGCUGAGCCUUGUACACAAGUGCUCCAGCAAGCUGUUAGCUCCACGUAUGUACCUCAAACUGCUCAGUUAUAAUGUUGAAAUGAACACACAGGGCAUUUGGUUCAUUCUACCAAAGUGCAUUCCUUUACAAUGCUAGCACCUAGCUAGCUGCUCAAAGCGAUGGACAGAACCAUGGAAAGUUGACAGGAAGUGUAAAAAGACAAGUUGAUUAUUGUUAAAGGCUGCAGUCAUUACAAUACUGACCUCUUACGAGCAUAUCAAAUGCAAAAUUUGUUCUGCUCAUAAGAGUCUGCUGCAGCUCGCUUCAAAGAGAAGGACGGAGGUUAGCCACUGUUAGCGUGACGCUGCGCUGUAUUUUUGUAACUUUUUUGUCACUUGGGUUUUUAUUGUGGAUUUGAUCUGUUUGUAUGUCAUGUGGAAAAAUGUUUGUAUCAAUGUUUGGGUUGAAUGCUGCAGCCACUUUUACAAUGUACUGUACAGAACACA